UUUUUUAGUCUUUGUUUCCUUUUCUUUCAUAUUUUUUUUUUUAUUUAUAUUCAAUCUUAACAAACUUGAUCAUACAUAUAUUAUAUCAUGGCAACAUUAUCUAGUUUACUGCCUAAACCUCGACAAACGGUCAAGACAUCAACACCCAAUGAAAAAAUCAAUAAACAACAAACAUUUAAUCAACUCAUCAGCAAAGGAUCAGCACAAGUGAUUCCUCCUUAUGGACAACGAAGUUCAUUUCGACCUCGAUUCCCCGAAGACUUUGGUAAUGGAGGUGCUUUUCCUGAAAUCAGCAUGGUACAAUAUCCAUUAGAUAUGGGUCGCAAGAAGAGUACCAAAACAGAAACUAGUGGUGGUACUUUAACGUUACAAGUGGAUGCUGAUGGCAAUGUUGCAUAUGAUAAUAUAGCUCGCCAAGGUCAUGCAAAAGAUCGCAUUGUACAUACAUCAUUGAAAGAUCUUGUCCCCAUCAAGGAACGCAAAGAUAUGGAUGUUGAAAAGUUGGUGAUGGAUCGUCCUGGUGAAGAAGAAGUCAUGUCUGUAGCAGAAAAAACAAAGGCAGCUUUAGAACGCAUUGUGCAAGGCAAGAUCAAGGCAGCUCAACCUAAGAAUGUUGUCUCUACUACUGGUGGUACCAACAAGGAUCCUACUUAUAUUCGAUAUACACCUUCUCAAGCUCAAGGCAAUGAUUCUAUGAAUUCUGGUGCUAAACAACGUAUCAUUCGAAUGGUGGAUGCUCCAGUUGAUCCAAUGGCUCCUCCCAGUUUUCUUCAUAAAAAGGUACCUCGUGGUCCUCCUUCACCUCCUGCUCCAGUGAUGCAUUCUCCACCUCGAAAACUUUCAGCAAAAGAACAAGCCGAAUGGAUCAUUCCUCCGUGUAUCUCUAAUUGGAAAAACACCAAAGGUUAUACCAUUCCUCUGGAUAAACGAUUAGCUGCUGAUGGACGUGGUUUACAAGAAUUGACAAUCAAUGACAACUUUGCUAAAUUCUCGGAAGCUUUAUAUGCUGCUGAUCGUCAUGCUCGUGAAGAAGUUCGACAACGUAACCUUAUGCAACAAAAAUUGGCUCAAAAGGAAAAGGACGCUGAAGAAGAAAAACUUCGUGAAUUGGCCCAAAAAGCAAGAGAAGAACGAUCUGGAUUCAAACCAUCCUCUACUUCAACAUCAUCAGCAUCUUCUGUUCCUUCCAAUCGACCUACAGCCGCUUCUCUUAUGCCUGAUUAUGACUCAUCAGAUGAAUCCUCUGGUUCUGAUCGCAGUGAAAGUGAAGUAGAAGAAGAAAAAGAACAUGAUAGAAAAUCUAUCCGUGGUGAUAUCGGUGGACGUAGCCGUCAAGAACUUUUGGAAGAAGAUGAAAAGCAAGCAAGAGAACGUGAUCAAAUUCGACGGGAAAGACAGAAACAAAGAGAACGUGAAAUGCGUAUGAGUCAUAUGGGUACUGAAGCAAAAGCAAAACACUUGGCUAGGGAACAUGGACGAGAUAUUUCUGAAAAGAUCGCACUUGGAUUAGCAAAACCAUCCGCCAACAAAGAAAGUAUGUACGAUGCUCGACUCUUUAAUCAAUCUGAAGGCAUCUCAUCUGGUUUCAAGAAUGAUGAUUCAUACAGUUUAUACGACAAACCAUUAUUCAAUCAAACAUCAUCUUCCAUUUACAAAUUCCGAGGCAACCAAAAUGAAUCUGAUAUUUUAGGUAGUACGGAUGCAGAUGAAUUAGAACGAGCCAUUCAUCAUGAUAAAUUCGGUAUGAAACGUGGAUUCAAGGGUGCGGAAGGCUCAAGCGCAGGCGAAGGCUCAUCAGGACCUGUGGAAUUCGAAAAGGAAAUGCUAACUCAACAACGAUCCAAGGAUACAACUGACAAGGAUGUGUUUGGAUUGGAUACCUUUUUGAACAAAGCAAAGAAGGGCAAGCGAACUAGAGAUCAUAGUGAUGAUGAUGAUGAUGAUGGUAGAAGGAAACGAUAGAUCUCUCUUUCUCUUCUUUUUUUCAUUUUAUAGUAUAUAUUCACCUUUAGUUUAUUUUCCCCUAUUCAUCCCAUCUCUUUAUUUUUCAUCUAGUUUUUUAUUUGAUUAUUUUUUUUUUUUAUAAUUACGUACAAAUAAAACAAAUCGUAUCUUUUUUAUGUAA